AAUCAUGCUCGUGUUUUGUUUGUAUACUUUUCUUUGGUUCUCACUUAACUUGAGGGAGGCAAACCAUAAUUCCAGCAUAUCAGAUCCUGUUUUGUAAGGAGAGAAACUGAUGAAGAAGCAGUCGAGUUCUUCGGAUGUCUCUUCUACUGUUGAUAACUUCCCUCCUGAUGUCAAAGUCUCGAAGUUAUUUCAGUCUACAAGUCCAGUCUCAGUUCUCGAGAACAGCAAUGGUUCCGCCUUGUCCCAAAACCAAAACAGAAUUCAGAGAUUGGCCUUCCUUGUGAAAGGCAUCAGAAGCAAGCGCAAACGCCCCACAACGCUGAGAUUCUUCCAGUCACUUGGAGCAGAGAUGUCUCAGAUGUUUGUUCCGGAGGAAUCAGAAUCAGAGAAUUCUGCCAAGAAGAAACGCAAGAAAUAUAGGAGUCCUCCCCAGCCGGUCUGUCACAGUCCAGAACUAUUUAACCCAGAUGGGACAGUCCGGAAGUGCACUCAUUGCGAGACAACUAGGACCCCGCAGUGGAGGGAAGGACCCUGUGGGCGUAAAACCCUCUGUAAUGCUUGCGGAGUACGGUUCAGAUCAGGCCGUCUUGUUCCAGAAUACCGUCCAGCAUCAAGCCCGACCUUCGUCCCAACCGUGCAUUCAAAUUCGCACAGAAAGAUCAUUGAGAUGAGAAGGAAAGAUGAAGGCCAGCUGGAAACCAGAAAGAUCCGUACCGUGACUUCCUGAGCAUAGGAGACUAAAAGAGGGCUUUGUAACUUCAGCAGACCAAAUGAGUUUGGUCUAUGAUAAAAGGACAAAAUUGUGAGGAUUUGUAGAAUUUGGUCAACUCUCUUCUCUUGGAAGACUGAUGUUCUUAAAAUCUAGGGUUUAGGGUUUGUCUUUUUUUUUUUUUCUUUAAUCUGAUGCGGAGAGUUUAGGGUUUUUGUUGAAAUUUAGGGUCUUAGUUGUUGUUUGAUUAUUUGGUUAUGUUUGAAAGAAUGUUUGGCUGACAUCUAUUUUUUUAUCAGAGUAGUGUAGUGUAGUGCACCUUCGGCUCGGGUUCUUAUCUCCUCACUAAAAUAGGACUUAUUAACCUGCUUUGGUCCCGGGUCUAUUGCCAGAGCCUCUCGGAUAAGAGUGAUGUAAUGCCAUUUUUGUUUUCAAGAAGCAACCACAUUAUUUUA